UGUGACCUGGAGAGGGUAACACUUAUCAUUCAUUCAUUUUCGCCAAAAAAAACAAAACAAAUAAUUUUUUAAUCCCGACAAUUUCACGAUUUGGCUGCUUGAAAAUGGAGGAAAUAUGCAGAGUUUGCAUGGAAACGUCUGGAGCAUUCACAACAAACAUUUUCGACGAGACACAAAAAUGGGACACUCGCAUUGCUGACAUGAUAUCUGAGUUUACGGGGUACGUGGUCAGGCGAGGAGACUCGCUAUCUGAAAAAAUAUGUCCGACGUGCCUGGAGGAGGCAGUGAGUGCCUUCAAUCUGAAGAAAACCUGUGAGCAGAGCCAUACACUGUUUUUCACACCGAUUGAGGAGGAUGGAGAAGCAGAAGGCGAGGAAUGUCAACAUUCUGAUAAUCAGAGCCAAUUUGACACCGAUAAAGAGGAGCAUCCAGAUGAUUGUGAGCGUCCCUUCAAAUGCUCCUUCUGUACAAAAUCCUUUGCAAGAAAAUCGGCGCUCAGGGGACACAGCCGUACUCACACGGGGGAGCUACCAUUUCAGUGCUCCUACUGCUCCAAGUCAUUUAAGGAUCGCGCCCAUCUGAUCACACACACACGCUCCCACACAGGGGAAAGACCCUUCCAGUGCACUGUCUGCCCAAAAGGCUUCACACAAAGACCCAAUCUCAGAAUGCACAUGCGCACGCACCUGGGGCAACGGCCCUUCCAAUGCACCGAGUGUACAAAAUCGUUUCUACAAAAAUCCCAUCUUAUGGAACACAUCCGUAAGCACAAUGGCGAGCGACCAUACAAGUGUACCCAGUGCGAAAAGUCUUUUCGGAGUAAUGCCAUUCUUCGCAAACAUGCUCGUACACACACGGGGCCGCAUAAAUGUUCCCAAUGCCCGAGGACCUUUAAAAAGCAAUCGACUCUGCAGACUCACCUGUUAACGCACUUGGGCGAAGGACCCUACCCAUGCCCCAAAUGCCCAAAGACGUUUCCUACAACAUUGAAACUGGGAAAACACAUCCAUACGCACUCAGAGGAUCGACGCUUCCAGUGCUCCCACUGCUCGAUUGCAUUUAAGCAAAGUUCCCAUCUGACCAGUCACAUGCGAACUCACACUGAAAAAGAAAAGACCAAACCAAUUAAACACCGAAAGGAAGAGAAGAACGAAACUGAGAAGCGACCCUUCAAAUGCCCUUACUGCUCGAAGUCAUUUAAGGGCGAGUCGUAUCUGCAAAAACACAUCCGUUGUCACACGGGAGAUCGACCGUUUAAGUGUUCCCACUGCUUGAUGUCGUUCAAGCAAUCCACACAUCUAAAAAUCCACACACGUAUCCACACAGGGGAAAGACCCCACCAAUGCGGCCAGUGCCCAAAAGCCUUCCGAGAAGAAUCCAAUCUUAAGAAACACAUGCGUAUGCACACAGGUGAACGACCGCACGAAUGCACCGAAUGCCCAAUGACUUUUAUAAGAAAAGCCUGUCUGGAAAGGCACAUCCAACGUACGCACUUGGAGGAAUACAAAGCGGCUCAAGCUGGGGACAACGACUGAUAUUAUUUAAUACUAUCUGCAUGAACACGCCGAGAAUAAACGAGGCAGGACGGAGGAGGCAGGAUAUACGCUGGAGAAUUUAUUGGACGUAGCUCUAUGAUUAUAUUUAGAAUUAAUUCUGGAAAAAUGUUAAUUUGAACCAUUAAAAUAUGAACUAUUCUCUUGAAUUAUCAAUAUAAACCGCCGUUAAGUU